AUGUCUCAACUAAUAGAUGAUUCAAAAUUACAAGCAUUCGUAAAACGUUAUAAGGAUCGUGACAUAACUUUUAUUAUACCUGAUGACAGAGCUGAAAAACAUUAUGUUAUUACUUAUCCGACGACGAUUGACGAAAAAACAUGCGAACCUGUCGAAAAAUUUGAACCGAACAUAAUUAACAUCUGCAUCAAUGGCACCUUAGAAACAAAUAUUAUUUUCCCAGAAUUAAUUAGAGCGGAUUUCAAAAAAUGCGCGCUCAAAGUGGGCAUGGCUACCAUGUCCCCGUUUUCAAAGAUUCCAAAUGAGCAUACACUGAAUAAUUACGACUUGGUACCCGAAAUUGAAGGCUUCGAUGUGGAAAUUGUUAAAAUAAUCGCAAAUUACUUCAAUGCUUCUAUAAUUUUGUAUUAUAUAAACAGAGAAGAGCAGAAUCCUUAUACGAGUACGGAAUUUAUAGAAUUUAUUGUGAACGGGAGUAUGGAGAUGUCAGCCGGUGGGCUUUACAGGAUCUAUGGAGACCGGGUUUCAUAUUCUGGAAUCUAUACAAUGCAAGACGUGAUUUGGAUUUACGCCGCCCAUAGACCUGGCCGCACUUGGGUCAAUAUGGUACGCAAACUGAAUGAACUUUACUUCUUUGAUAUAUUUUAUCUGUUAUACUCAAUCACAUCCUAUUUCUUUCGCAAAUACGAUAAUGCGAAGCGCUCUUUUAGAGACAUCAUAUUAUACAGCUGGGGUGCUCUAGUGGGGGCAGCAUCAUUGCCAGAACCAAAGUCUUUAAAGCAUAAGAUGUUGGAUGUAUCAUAUUUGAUAUUAUGUAUUUUUAUGGCGUCUUAUAUGAACAUUCAACUGGUUAGUUUUUUAACAAUCGAUGGGCCUUCGAUCUCUUUUAAAACCAAUGACGAUAUCAUAAACUCCGGCCGUGUUCCUUAUUUGAACAAGGUAAAUAAGUACUUUAUACAGGACAGUAAAUAUUUGGCGUUUGCUAACACGUCGAAAGAUUGCGGCGACUUUCAUGAUUGUUGCGUCAAGGUGUUGGAAAACGAUGGUGUGACAGUGAUAUUGAAUGAACAUUUUUACCCUCUGCAAGCAUCUUCGGCCGUGAAGGAUGAAGCUAGGGUACUAAAGACGACGACCAAGAUAAUAACUGUGUAUCAUGAAAUGAUAAUCAGGAAAGACAGUCUGAUUGUGACAGGGGUACAAAAAGUCCUGAAGAGUUUGUUUGAAGCUGGAAUUUGUAAACAUCUUUUUACGCAAGCUAUAGGGAUAAGCGUGGUGGCGAAGGCCAACAGUGCGAAUCAGGUGGCGCUCAGUAACAGCUAUAGUUGUGUUUCGGGCUGCGCUAUUACUCUUUCGCAGGUUGCCGGAAUAUUUUACUUCUGGGCCUUCGGGUGUGCCUUGUCUGCGAGUGCCUUUUUGUUAGAGAUAAUUUGGAAAAGGCAGAGGCACUCGGUCUAA